UCCAAUUUGGCGGUUGGGAUCCGACGAGCACGCGCGCGCGCGAGGGCGGGAGAGAGCGAGCGAGCCGUUUGUUUCCGGUGGCGGGUUCCCGUAUGUGAGGCGGCCUCAGCUCACCCCCGCCCCCCGAGCUCCGGCCGCGGCGGAAAUGGUGGAUGGAGCGAGCGGGCGGCCGCACACCACACAGCAGCACCCGACGCCAACGUUAGCAGCGGGGCGCCCACUCCGGCUCCCAACACAUUCCCCGGCGGCAGCAGGUCGCGGACUCUCUCCAUGGCGGCCCAGCAGCUGCGCGGCACCGAGGUUUACUGCGACGCCAGCGGGGACUGCAACCAUGUCGCCGUCAAGAUCAGGAGCGGGAGCCAGCGGGGGGAGCAGCCGGCGGCCCCUGCCCCUCAGCACCAAGGCCCCGGGCCCACCAAGUACAGCAUUUCGUCCAGCUGCAGCUCGGGCGAGUCGGUGAGGCGGGCGGCCCGCAGCCCCCGCCGCCGCCGCAAGUUCCCGCAGCUCUUCGAGCGGGCGUCGGGCAAGUGGUGGGACCCCGCCUUCGACUCCCGCAAGCUGGAGGACGCGUGUCUGGAGCGCUGCUUCCCGCAGACCCAGCGCCGCUUCAGGUACGCGCUGCUCUACCUCAUGGUGGCCGCGCUGCUCUGGGCCAUCUACUUCGGCUGCGUGGUGAAGGAGGCGGCCCGCGGCCUGGCCGCCGCUUUCCUGGCGCCCACCCUGCUCUUCAUGUUGUGCUGCGCCGGCUUGUUGGCGGUCACCUUCAGCGGCCUGUACUCCCGCCACUAUGUCCGCAUCUCGCUGCUCUUCAUACUGCUGGUCUUCGCCUUGUCGCUGGCCACCCGUUUCCAAGGCGGGGGCUGGGGCGGCAGCGCCUGCGGCUGGAACGAGAGCUGGACUCCGGCUUCCUGUUGGACCCACCUGUCGCCGGUGGGGAGCUUCUCGAUCUCGGUGGAGGUGUUACUGCUGCUUUACACCGUCAUGCCGCUGCCCCUCUACCUCUGCUUCCUCUUCGGCGUCUCCUACUCGCUGCUCUUCGAACUGUUGGGUUAUCACCUGGGCAGCGCCGAGUGGCGGCGGGGCCCGGGCUCCCAACCUCUGGUGCUCGAGGCCCUGGCUAAGUUCUUCCUCCACGCCUGUGUGCAUGCCGUGGGCAUCCACCUGUUCACCAUGUCGCAGGUGCGCUCCCGCACCACCUUCCUCAAGGUGGGCCAGUCCAUUAUGCACGGCAAGGACCUGGAGGUGGAGAAAGCCCUGAAGGAGCGCAUGAUUCACUCGGUGAUGCCAAGGAUGGUGGCAGACGAGCUAAUGAAGCAAGGGGACGACGAGAGCGAGAACUCCUUCAAACGCUACUCGACAUCCAGCCCGAAGAGCAAGAAGAAGAAGACCUCAAUCCAAAGGGCGCACCUAAUCUUCAGGCCCUUCACCAUGCAGCGCAUGGAACCCGUCAGCAUACUCUUCGCCGACAUUGUGGGCUUCACCAAGAUGAGCGCCAAUAAGUCGGCCCACCUGCUUGUCGGCCUCCUUAAUGACCUGUUCGGACGCUUUGACCGCCUUUGCGAAGGCACGGGAUGCGAGAAGAUUAGCACCUUGGGGGACUGCUACUACUGCGUUGCUGGCUGCCCCGAGCCCCGCACCGAUCACGCGUACUAUUGCAUUGAGAUGGGGUUGGGGAUGAUUCAGGCCAUCGAGCAAUUCUGCCAAGAGAAAAGAGAGAUGGUCAACAUGAGGGUCGGGGUGCACACGGGCACCGUUCUCUGUGGCAUUUUAGGAAUGAAACGUUUCAAGUUUGACGUUUGGUCCAACGACGUGAACUUGGCCAACUUGAUGGAACAACUCGGGGUGGCCGGUAAAGUCCACCUUUCUGAGAUUACAGCCAAGUACUUGGACGAACGUUACCUGAAAGAGGAUGGAAAAGUGAUGGAAAGGGUUGGCACACAAAGUGUGGUGGCAGACCAGCUGAAAGGAUUGCAGACGUUCCUUAUCUCUGGAAGAAAGUUGCCCCAUUCUGUAUGUACCUGCUCCCAGACGGUGGUGCCUCGUCUUGCUAUGGGAGAUUCCAGCUCCCUUGCAGUUCCCAAUCAACACCAAGAAGUAACAAGUGAAGCUGCCACUGAAGGGUCGCAACCUAGCAGCACGAUGAGCAAAACUAAGUCUACGUGUCCUUCCUGUAGUGCCUUGCUGGUGUCUGGAUCUGAUGCCAGCACAGAGGAAAACACAGUGCAGAAUGGUUGUCAAGAUGAACGGAAAAAUGCUAAGGCAUCGUCAGCAGGGCAAAGUCUAAAGGCCCAAAAUGGCCUGUUAAGUCCUCCAGAGGAAGAGAAGCUAAACAACAGCCAGACAUCACUGUUUGAGAUGCUGCAAAGUGAGAGGCAGCUGGAUGGACUGCUUCCACUACGCUCCAAACAGAUCCGGGAAAAAACGGAUGCUCAGUUUGUCAGUGUCAUUAAAGAAGAUAGACUAAUGGAUGAAUAUUUCUCCAAACCUCCUAUUAACAAAUUCAGCUUGAAUUUCUUGGAUUCAAGCCUGGAAAAAGCCUAUAGAGGCAGCUAUCAAGAUGAGGUUGUGAACAAUGCAUCAGAGAAGACGUUUGCCAGUGCCACUUUCAGUUCACUCCUUGAUGUCAUUCUCUCCACCAUAGUCUUCCUCUUUCUCUCCAUCACAUGUUUCAUGAAGCAGGGACUGUGUACAUCACCUUCGCAUGCCUCUGUUGUGGUUUUUGUCCUUGCGAUCCUGCUUCAAGUGCUUUCCUUGGUUAUCUCCAUCAGAAUGGCGUUUUACCUGGAUGAGGUGAUGCCAUGCACCAAAAGACUGAUGAGGGCAAUCUCGGGCUGGCUGCCUCGUCAUUUUGUUGGAGCCAUUCUCAUCUCCCUUCCUGCUGUUGCUGUGUUUUCUCAUUUCACUUGUGAAUUUAAAACUAAUGUAAAUGUUACCAUGUUUUUCUGUUGUGCAAUGAUCAUCACUUUCAUUCACUAUUGUAACUUCUGUCAGUUGAGCUCCUGGAUGAGAUUUUCUUUGGCUACCAUUGUUGGUGUGUUGCUUCUCAUUCUGCUCUACAUCACACUAUGUCCUUCAAUCUUGCCUGAAACCCAGUUUGAAUCUCUAGAAUCAUUUGGAGAAGUUGGCUGCAAUGUUUCAACAUCUGGAUGGAGUUCAAAAAAUCUAGAACUGAUCAGACAGGAAGUGAUUCUAGAUAUCGUCCUGUUGCUUUUGCUGGUCUGGUUCCUGAACCGGGAAUUUGAGGUCAGUUAUCGUCUCAAUUACCAUGGUAAUGUGGAGGCAGACCUUCAUCGUCACAAGAUACAGAGCAUGAAGGACCAAGCUGACUGGCUGCUUCAUAACAUCAUCCCUGCCCAUGUGGCUGAUCAACUCAAGGUCACACCCCAUUACUCCAAGAACCAUGAAGAUGUCGGGGUUAUUUUUGCCAGCAUUGUUAAUUUCAGUGAGUUUUAUGAGGAGAACUAUGAAGGAGGUAAGGAAUGCUACCGGGUGUUGAAUGAAUUGAUUGGUGAUUUUGAUGAGUUACUGGGAAAACCUCAAUACAACAGCAAUAUUGAAAAAAUUAAAACCAUUGGAGCUACCUACAUGGCGGCUUCUGGGUUGAAUCCAUCGCAGCGACGUGAUAGCAACCAUCCACACAGUCACUUACAGACCCUUUUUGAGUUUGCCAAAGAAAUGAUGAGGGUCGUGGAUGAGUUCAACAAGGACAUGCUGUGGUUCAACUUUAAACUGAGGAUUGGUUUCAACCACGGACCCCUCACUGCAGGAGUUAUUGGCACUACGAAGCUACUGUAUGACAUAUGGGGUGACACAGUGAACAUUGCUAGUAGGAUGGACACUACAGGAGUGGAAUGUAGGAUCCAGGUGAGUGAGGAGAGCUAUCGAAUAUUGAGCGAAAUGGGCUAUGACUUUGAUUAUCGGGGGACAGUGAAUGUCAAGGGCAAAGGUCAAAUGAAAACAUACUUGUACCCAAAAAGCACAAACAGUGGGAUCAUCCCAUCACAUCAGCAUUCGGUGUCCCCAGACAUCCGAGUGCAAGUGGACGGAAGCAUCGGGCGCUCUCCCACGGAUGAGCUUGCUGGCCUUGUGCCUUCUAUGCCAAUCUCGGACAAGCCUGCUCAUUGCUCAGACAACACUGAGGAUAAAGACCUGCUUUGUGCUCGACAGAAGGUAAAGAAAAAGCAGGUCGAAGGGGCAGGCAGCAAAAUGGGUGACCAGGAUCCAGAGGAAGUGGAUGAACUGACAAAGCUACAGAUCUCUAGCUGUCUAUGAUGCAUCUUUUCAUAUCACAAAUCGGCCUCAUCGGUAGGAUCCAGUUCACGUUGGUAGUGUCUGUGCGUGAAAUGAUUAUUCCUGGUUUUUAAUAUUUUCAUUUUACAUCCUGAUUUCUGUGUGGAUCACAGUGAUGCAGGAGGCAGCUCCAUUGCUAAUGUCUAUGCUGUUUAUGGAUAUCAAGUGCCUUUGGGGGGAAAAAAAAAGAGGCCUAUACUUCAGGUAAAAUGGAAAGAGGUUGCAGAAAGCAUAACUUGGAAUCCUGCGUAGUGCUCUGGUUAUAACCUUCCUUUCUCUUCCCACACAUCAGCCCACCCUCCCCAACCCACACCCCCUCACCCAAAUAUCUCAUUUUCCCCCUGUAAUUGUUGGUUUGCCACUUUCUUUUUAUUUCUGUAGUUUGUCACAUUUAAUCUGAGCCUCCAGGAAAAACUAAUGAUGAAUUAUGAUCGAAUGCCAGCAGUGCACCAAGUGAUUGGGGUAGGAAGAAUCUGGUCAUGUGAAGCAUUAACAAACUUCAAAUAUGUCCUCUCUUGCUGGUAUUCCAAAGGAUCUAAAGAUUAAUAACCCAUUUCAAACUUCAGUACAGAGCAUCCAUCUUUCCUUUGCCAUACUUGCAUUGAGAGCAGACUGUGAACUGGUUUUCUGAUACUUCCCUUGUUGGCCCACAGGGAGGGGAUAAUGCUCAAAAACUGGGUAAGUAGAAGUCUUAAACCCAGGAUUCUUCAGAUCUGUAUGAAAGUAUGGCAGGUUAUGUUGAUGUUUAAUCCAGAUUAGAAUACCAGAGACUAUUUUUCAUGGUUCCCAGAAAAAUGUUCUCAUUAAAACUCCCAAGGCUAUUGGAUUCCUUUAAUAUCUGCUUUCAGUUCUGUAAGUCAGCUCUGGUUCCAUCUGGAGAGGAAAGGAGUUGGAAGUAUGACCUGAGGCAGGACCAGUAGCUGAACCAGUGGUGACGUAGUUCCUGGGCACCUUUGGUCAUGGGUCCAUCUGAGAAGUUGCUGUUCUUCACCAGUCAAGCAGACUGUUGCAGUAACAUUGCAUCUUCCAAUCCUUGGAUAACAUCGAUGAACUAAGUGAACUUCUCUCCCAAGCCUGCUAUAGUGAAACAUUCCCAAAAGUAGUGGAGUUGUCUGUCCUUAAAAAAAAAUCAUCAGAAAAAUGUUCAAAUCAUUCAGCAGGUCAGGCAGCAUCUGUAGGAAGAGGAUCAGAAUUGAUGUUUCAGCUUGAAGACCCUUAGCCAACCUGAAAGGUUAACUUUGUUUCUCUUUCCACAGAUGCUGCCUGAUCUGAGCAUUUACAGCAAUUUCUGUUUAUAUUUCAGAUUUUCAGCAUCUGCAGUUUUUUGAUUCAAGUUGUCUGUCCUU